CAAUAAUGGAGUAAUUUUCAAAGACACAAUUCAAGAAGAAAGGCUAAUGAAAGAGUAAAGAAUAUACAAUUCUAUGGUUGAAAAAAUGCGUUGGUCUCCAUUUUUAGGGAUUCCACUUAUAGUGGUUCUUUUCUCCUUGUUCCUUUUCAAGAAUUUCCCUCUCAAAUCACACUACUCUACUUCACAAAGUUCUCCUAGACUUUUCACUGUUGAAGAACUUGCUCUUUACAAUGGGUCUGAUCCAAACCUGCCCAUCUUUCUUGGUAUUAUUGGGUCAGUGUUUGAUGUGAGCAAAGGAAAGAGUCAUUAUGGAGUAGGAGGUGGCUACAACCAUUUUGCUGGAAGAGAUGCUUCGCGUGCAUUCGUUUCAGGAAAUUUUACAGGAGAUGGACUCACUGACUCACUGCGCGAUUUAUCCAGCGCCGAGGUUAAGAGUAUUGUUGACUGGAGAGGCUUCUACUUCAGAACGUACAUAUUUGUUGGUAAGCUUGUGGGUCGCUAUUAUGACAGUGAAGGAAAUCCUACAAAGUACUUAAAAGGGGUUGAAGCAAAGGCAGCCAGAGGGGCUCAGCUGAUGGAAAAACAAAAGAAUGAAGAGGCUAAACUACCUAGCUGUAAUUCAAGGUGGAGUCAGGAAGAGGGUUCAGAGGUUUGGUGUGACGAUGGAUAUCCGAGAUUAGUUCAACGACCUACGGAGAUAGCGUUGACAGGAAAAAUGAGCAAACGUUGUGCUUGCUUUAAAGAGGAAGAUCUUGGCCAACCAGGUCUGGAAGUCUACGAAGGAUGUGAUCAUUUUGCCAAAACAUGCCGGUUAUAAAAACAGCAUUGUGGAACUUCAUCAUAAUGAUAUUGAUAUUUACUUAUGAAAAGAAUCAUAGAAUAUUUGACAUCAAUUCCACAUA